GCCGCCCCACCGUUUGGGCCCUGCCAGCACCAUGCUGCGACUUUCUGUCGCCCGGCUGCUAGGUCGCCCGGGGGCCAGUAGGGCUUCUCUCCUGGAGGGCUGUGGCUCACGCCACUACUCUUCGAGCUCCCUCGGUGUCUGCGACGAGGUUUGUGACGCGCGUGCCUACUUCACUACACCCAUUUUCUAUGUGAACGCGGCGCCGCACAUCGGGCACCUGUACUCGGCGCUACUGGCGGACGCCCUGUGCCGCCACCGUCGCCUACUAGUUCCCAGGGCCGCUGCCACACGAUUCUCCACUGGUACCGACGAGCAUGGCCUGAAGAUUCAGCAGGCUGCAGCUUCGGCCGGGCUGGCCCCUACUGAGCUGUGCGACCGAGUCUCUGCUCAGUUCCAGCAGCUUUUCCAGGAGGCGGAUAUCUCCUCCACUGACUUCAUUCGCACCACCGAGGCCCGGCACAGGGGAGCUGUACAGCACUUCUGGGAAGUGCUGAAGGCUCGCGGUCUGCUCUACAAGGGGCUCUAUGAAGGUUGGUAUUGCGCUUCGGACGAGUGCUUCCUGCCUGAGGCCAAGGUCACUUGGCAGCCCGGCCCUUCAGGGCAUUCGGGUCCUGUAUCUCUUGAAAGUGGGCAUCCAGUCUCCUGGACCAAGGAAGAAAACUACAUUUUCAGGCUUUCCCGGUUUAGGGAGCCGCUCCAGUGGUGGCUGCGGGACAACCCUCAGGCGAUCACCCCCGAACCAUUCUAUAAUACAGUCCUUCAGUGGCUGGAGGAUGAGCUUCCCGACCUGUCCGUGUCUCGCAGGAGUAGCCACUUGCACUGGGGCAUUCCGGUGCCCGGGGACGAUUCGCAGACCAUCUAUGUAUGGCUGGAUGCCUUGGUCAACUACCUCACUGUAAUUGGCUACCCAAAUGCAGAGUUCAAAUCUUGGUGGCCAGCCACCUCUCAUAUCAUAGGUAAGGAUAUUCUCAAAUUCCAUGCCAUCUAUUGGCCUGCCUUCCUGUUAGGGGCCGGUCUGAGCCCGCCACGCCGCAUCUGUGUUCACUCCCACUGGACGGUGUGUGGCCAAAAGAUGUCCAAGAGCCUGGGCAACGUGGUGGAUCCUAGGACUUGCCUUGAUCGCUAUACUGUGGAUGGUUUCCGCUACUUUCUCCUACGGCAGGGCGUCCCCAACUGGGACUGUGAUUACUACGAUGAAAAAGUGGUUAAGUUGUUGGACUCAGAACUGGCAGAUGCCUUGGGAGGUCUUUUGAACCGAUGCACUGCCAACAGAAUAAAUCCUUCUGGGACUUAUCCAUCCUUCUGCACUACCUGCUUUCCCAGUGAGCCAGGAUUGCUGGGGCCAUCAGUUCGUGCUCAGGCAGAGGACUAUGCUUUGGUGAGCGCAGUGGCCACUUUGCCCAAGCAAGUAGCAGACCACUAUGAUAACUUUCAGAUAUAUAAGGCUCUAGAGGCAGUGUCUAACUGUGUCCGCCAAACUAAUGGUUUUGUCCAAAGGCAUGCACCAUGGAAGUUGAAUUGGGAGAGCCCAGUAGAUGCUCCCUGGCUGGGUACUGUGCUUCAUGUGGCCUUGGAAUGUUUGCGAGUCUUUGGAACUUUGCUGCAGCCUGUCACCCCAAGCCUAGCUGACAAGCUGCUGUCCAGGCUGGGGGUCGCUGUCACAGAGAGGAGCCUUGGAGAUCUCUGUUUCUUGCCUAAAUUCUAUGGACAUCCAUGCCCUUUUGAAGGGAGGAGGUUGGGACCUGAAUCUGGACUUUUGUUUCCAAGAUUGGACCAGUCCAGGGCUUGGCUCAUGAAAGCCCACAGGACCUAGAAACCCUGUUCUUAAUUGGCUUGUGGUUAAAAACCAAAUAUGUUAUUUUCUUAUUUUUCAUUUUCAGGAAAUUUACACUAGUGUUUAAAGCAUUGCAUCAAAUGCUUUAAACAUAAGCUGUGCUCCUGUGAAAAAAGGUUUGUAACCUUUGGGUACCUGUUCCCCCUUUUUUCAUUUAUCUAUGCCCAUUAACCACUGUCCUUUGUGCACUGUAUGUCUAAGAUGUCUCUGGGGGAAAGAUGAGUAAGAGGCAAUGUUGCUAAUAGUAUCUCCUCUCAUUGUGCCUCCUUCCAAAGCAGUUACUUGUCCAAACUACCUCUCAUGGUGUUUUUUUUUGUUUCCAUUGGCUUUUGUUUCCACUGGCUUCUACUUCUAGGGCUAAUUAGUGAAGUGAAUUCUUUUAUUGGAAGAGAGUUGGAGGCCCCCUACCUCAGCUUUUACAGGGUAGCCCUAAUGUUAGUAUAUGUUGGGUCGCCUGUUAAAAAAAGAUUUUUAUUAAACCUUUAAAAACCAGUGUCAUAGACCAGAUGAUUUUUGCCCACGUUCAUCCCAAUUCCUCAAAUUCCUAUGACUAGGA